AUGGCCCCUCCUAUGCAAGCAGUGUUUGUGAGGUUUUGGGACCAUCAGAUAACGUUCCUGGGGAAUCCCGUCGCCCAUCCCUUUUGGGCAGGCAGCCAGCCAUACUCUGGUGUCACAGCGCGCAAUGUGCCUUUUAGAAGCCUAUCCUUCUCGGGGAAGCCAACCCUAAUUUUCAUCAAGCGUUUCCUUCGAAUUAUAGGAAUAGAUUCCAAAGGAUUGGUGUGGAAUUUGAAGUCUACUAGCAGUCACGAAAUCCUGCGCGAGCAAGGUUUUCACAAGAUCUCCCAACAUCAUGAGGAUCCUAAACGGGCGCACUUAAAUCGUAUAUACUGGGUUGAGUUCAUGCAUAAGGCCAAAGACGACUGUUUUCUCGUCUGCAUAGAUGGCAUUGUGUACGAUGUCUCGAAGUUUACUCAUAAGCAUCCCGGGGACCCUGAUAUCAUUAGAGGUUUAUUGGCUUAA